UGAGCAGACACCCCCAGGAUCUGCCGGCAGCUCCUGUUCUAAGGGAGAGCAGAGACCAUGUCUGACACAGAAGAGGUGGCGGAAGAGUACGAGGAGGAGCCGGAAGAAGUAGGUGUGGAAGAAGAUGAAGACUGGAGAGAGGAUGAAGACGAGCAGGAGGAGGCAGCAGAAGAAGAUGCUGGAGCAGGGGCUGAGGCCGAGGAGGAAACCGAGGAGACCAAGGCAGGAGAAGAUGGACAAGAAGAGGAGGGUAGAGAUGCUGAAGAUGGCCCAGUGGAGGAAUCCAAACCCAAGCCUAGGCCGUUCAUGCCCAACUUGGUGCCACCCAAGAUACCUGAUGGGGAAAGAGUGGACUUCGAUGACAUCCACCGGAAGCGCAUGGAGAAGGACCUGUACGAGCUGCAGACGCUGAUCGAGGCUCACUUUGAGAACAGGAAGAAGGAGGAGGAGGAGCUCGUUUCUCUCAAAGACAGGAUCGAGAAGCGGCGGGCUGAGCGGGCAGAGCAGCAGCGCAUCCGGAAUGAGCGGGAGAAGGAGCGGCAGCACCGCCUGGCGGAGGAGAGGGCACGGCGGGAGGAGGAGGAGAACAGGAGGAAGGCCGAGGACGAGGCCCGGAAGAAGAAGGCUCUGUCCAACAUGAUGCACUUUGGAGGGUACAUCCAGAAGCAGGCCCAGACAGAGCGGAAAAGUGGGAAGAGGCAGACUGAGCGGGAAAAGAAGAAGAAGAUUCUGGCUGAGAGGAGGAAGGUGCUGGCCAUCGACCACCUGAAUGAAGAUCAGCUGAGGGAGAAGGCCAAGGAACUGUGGCAGAGCAUCUACAACCUGGAGGCGGAGAAGUUCGACCUGCAGGAGAAGUUCAAGCAGCAGAAAUACGAAAUCAAUGUUCUCCGAAACAGGAUCAAUGAUAACCAGAAAGUCUCCAAGACCCGUGGAAAAGCCAAAGUCACUGGGCGCUGGAAGUAGAGGCAGCAGCUUCCUCAGAGGCUGAACCUCCUUCACAAAAGACCUGCUUCUCACUCGUGGCCCUGCCCUGCAAGCCUCCCCGCUCCCGGGGCCCUCCUGGGCAUUGAAGGCAGACUCCUGCCUGCAAAAAAGCUCUCCUGCCUGCCCCUGUGCCUGCACCACGCCGGUAAUAAAAAGCCACACUCCGCACACACCGAA